GCCGCCGAGCCACUAGCUCCGCUCCGACGCGCUUCUCUCCAGAUACUCCGGGAGCUCCAGCCGCGCGAAUCAGGCGCUCCCACCGCUCUGUACCCAAACUUCAGCUGCAGCUACAUUCCAAGCCACCUAAUUUAUUCCUCAAAAAUCAGAAACGGAGCCGCGACACGGGGAAGGAGUCCGCGGAGGAGUAAAAUAACAGCAGGGCAAGAAGAGCUCCAGAGAGCUGCCUCACCGGCGCAACAGCUAGGCAUCGGUUGUGUAGGAACCAACAAGUGAGAAGGCGCCGCGUUCCCGGGGCGCAGCCGCGGGCGGCGGGAGCAGGCGCAGCAGGAGGAAGCGAGAGCCCGGAGCCCGAGCUCCCGAGCCCGAGCCGCGGUCGCUGCGGCUGCUCUGCUCCGGUCCUUCUGCGCAGGCUGCGCCGGGCGCUGGGCGAGAGACUUCGUUUUUCCCUCGUUGCAAAGCGGCGGCUGGGAGCAGCCGGUCCCCGGGGAAUAUGCGGCGCGCUUGGAUCCUGCUCACCUUGGGCUUGGUGGCCUGCGUGUCGGCGGAGUCGCGGGCAGAGCUGACGUCUGAUAAAGACAUGUACCUUGACAACAGCUCCAUUGAAGAAGCUUCAGGAGUGUAUCCUAUUGAUGACGAUGAUUAUGCUUCUGCAUCAGGCUCGGGAGCUGAUGAGGACGGAGAGAGUCCAGAGCUGACCACGUCUCGACCCCUUCCAAAGCUUCCGUUCACUAGCGCUGCUCCGAGAGUGGAAACCACGACUCUGAACAAGAUACAGAAUAAGAUCCCCGCUCAGACAAAGUCACCUGAAGAAAUUGAUAAGGAAAAAGUUCACCUCUCUGACUCAGAAAGGAAAAUGGACCCAGCUGAAGAGGCUACAAAUGUGUAUACUGAGAAGCACUCAGACAAUCUGUUUAAACGAACAGAAGUCCUGGCAGCUGUCAUUGCUGGCGGAGUGAUCGGCUUUCUCUUUGCAAUUUUCCUUAUCCUGCUGUUGGUGUAUCGCAUGAGAAAGAAGGAUGAAGGAAGUUAUGACCUUGGAGAACGCAAACCAUCCAGUACUGCUUAUCAGAAGGCACCUACUAAGGAGUUUUAUGCGUGAAAACUCCCAUUUAGUGUCUCUAUUUAUGAGAUCACUGAACUUUUAAAAAUAAAGCUUUGGCAUAGAAUAAUGAAGAUCUUUGUUUUUUUGUUUUUUUUUUUCAUUAAAGAGCCAUUCUGGCACUUUAAUGAUAAAAUCCCAUUGUAUUUAAAACUUUUCAUGUAUUUCUUUAGAACAACAUAAAAUUCAAAUUUAACAUCUGCAGUGUUCUGUGAAUAGCAGUGGCAAAAUAUUAUGUUAUAAAAACCCUCAAUGUUCAUGGAAUCGGUUUAAACUUUUAUGUGCAAAUAUGAAAAGAUUGUUUUUAUCCUACGGUUUGAAGAUGAAAGCUGUUUCGUUUGAGUCUGCAUGUCUCAGAUUGACCUUACCAAGUUCGUCUUACUGCGUUAAUUUAUCUGUUGUUCCCCCUCUCCUCUGCUCGCCCCUCUUGUCCCCUUGAAAACAAAACAAAACUCUAUGCCUUUUGUAGCUGUUACGGUGCAGUUUGUCUUUGGAUAUUUCAGAUAAUGGUAAUUUAGUGUAUAUGUGAUUUUCAAAUAUAUAAACUUUAACCUCCACUUUGUAUAAAUUUUUAAGUGUCAGACUAUCCGUUUUACACUUGCUUUGUUUUUCAUUACCUGUAGCUUCAGGCAGAUUUGCAACAGCAAAUUAAUGUGUAAAAUUGGAUUAUCACCACAAAACUGUUUAGUCAUGUCUAUCAAUCAGAUCUUCUUUUGGGAGGAUUUGAGUCACUGACAAGCCUCAGCAAACCCAAAGAUGAUAACAGUAUUUUGAGAAGUUGCUGCAGAUUCCUUUGGCCACUGUAUUUGUUAAUUUCUUGCAAUUUGAAGGUACGAGUAGGGACUUAAGGAAAAGAAUCAGUUUUUGUUCUUAAAAAUGCAUUUAAGUUGUAAACAUCUUUUUAAGCCUUUGAAGUGCCUAUGAUUCUAUGUAACUCGUCGCAGACUGGUGUUAAUGAGUAUAUAUAACAGUUAAAAAAAAAAGUUGGUAUUUUAUAAGCACAGACGAUUCUAAUGGUAACUUUUGUAGUCUUACGAAUAGACGUAAAUUGUAAUUUGGGAACAUAAAAACUACUGAAUAAAUCAUGUGGCCUAAUAUUGAAAA